AUGGGUCACCAUGCAUCCAAACAUAAGAACAAGUCUUCUGGAACCAAGACUACUUCUAGAUUAAGUUCAUCAUCAAAACCUACUAAAUCUACAUCAAUAUCCAAUUCAAAAUCGGGAUCAGUUCCAAAACCAACAUCAACAUCAACAUUAACGUCGUCUCAAAAAUUCACUAAAGAAAGUAGACUAUUAGGUAGUAAAGAUAACGAAGAUAUUUCCAAUGGAAUUAAUAAUAAUAACAAUAAUAAUAUACCAAUGAAUGCAAGAGAAGCACUGGCUAGAGCAGCUGAAGAAAGAUAUAAGAAAUUACAAGAACAAAAAAUGGGUCAAAGUGAUAGAUUACGAGCUAAAGCCAAACAAAGUAAAAAUGAUAAAGGUUUAUAG